CCCAACACCGGAUCGAUGACUACAAAUACGCAAGUGCCCGAUCGCCAUCUAACAUUUGGUCAUCGAAACCGUUUGAGGAUCACAGCAUGAAUAUUUAUUUUGGGUCAAUCGCCAGCCCAGCGAAUUCAAGCUACGGAAUCUCGGGCCGGACUCCAAAACAUAUGGUAAACCCCGCCCAAACAGCGAGUUUUUCGAAUGCCACAGCCGCUGGUUCUCAGUUCUCGCCUGGUCAAGUGCUCGUCGAGCCUGACGAAGGCGCUCAAUCUCCAGUCAACGUUUCCCUCAGACGUGUUGACACCUCCAGUCCAUGGGGCUUCAGAGUGCAAGGUGGUAUCGAUUACAAACUGCAGCUAACCGUUUGCAAGACACAAUCGGGCAGCUCAGCAGAGGGCGUAUUGCAUCGAGGUGACGCAAUUUUGGAUAUCAACGGUGAAUCUGCGCGCAAUAUGUGCCACAAGGAGGCAACAGAAAAAAUCCGGUGCUCUGGUACGGAGCUUCAUCUGAUGGUUUCCAGACGGAUGAAGGAAGACUUGUCGGACCUCAGGCCACAGGGUCAGCUCAAAUUCAGUGCCCCGCAGUACGGAAGGAGGUAACCCCCGGUUGGUUCCGAAAUGAAAGAAAAGUGACCAAUUCACACCGAGCGCCUAGUUUCGAGAUUUGAAGCGAAUUCCUUCAUAUUUAUCGGUUACCAAGAAAAGAAUCGUACCGACAAUACAAUGAACAAACAGCAAACGUUCAGUUAGAAUUUAUCUACAUGUCUUUUAUAGGGCUUGACAUCACAGGUUACAAUGGCAUGUCCAGUAACUGAUAUUAAAGUAGCGUUGCUCAGCGC